CCACAGCCCUGCUGCAGUAGGGGAAAGGGCUUGGGCUUGGGCUUGACCCGUCGCAGCGGCCCGGGGCCGCUUCGCCGCAGUUCUCUCGUUCUGCUGCCGGGCCCGGUUCCCGCGGGCUCUGCUCACCGGUGUGUCAUCGGCGGGCGUUAGCCAACUUCCCCGCGCGCUCUCCUGCGGCCGGCCGGGGCGAGCCUGAGCGAACGAGCCCGCGGGCAGCGGCCGGUCCUUGGCUGGGCGAGGUGGAGGUGCCGGUGAACUAGAGAUGGAGCCCGAGAGCCUCGGCGCGGAGCAGGGCGCCUCUCUCCCGGGGCCCGCCGAGGCGCUAGGGGCGCUGCUGGGCCAGGAUGCCGCGUUGCCGCAGCUGAGCGGUGGGGAGCUGGACCGGGAGCUGGAGUCUAAAAGUGACCUGAUAGAUGACAAAGAGUUUGAUAUUCCCCAGGUUGAUACCCCUCCAACACUGGAAAGCAUAUUAAAUGAGACUGAUGAUGAAGAAGAGUCUUUUGUUCUUGAGGAUCCCUCUCUUUUAAACAUUGAUAAUAUUGACACUCACUCGUAUGACACAUCUUCCUUGGCAAGCUCAGACAGUGGGGACAGGACGCACUUGAAAAGAAAGAAAAAACUUCCUGAUUCUCUCUCUCUUCAUGGAUCGGUUGUCCGUCUUUCUCUUCUGAAAGGAAUUUCUGCCCAAAUAGUAUCUGCUGCAGACAAAGUGGAUGCUGGUUUACCUACUGCAAUAGCAGCGUCAAGUCUGAUAGCAGUGGGGACGUCCCAUGGUUUAGCAUUAAUUUUUGGAAAAGAUCCAAACCAGGCUCUUCGGCUUUGUCUGGGCAGCACUGCUGUUGGGGCCCAGUAUGGGGCUAUCUCGGCUCUCAGUAUCAACAAUGACUGUUCAAGACUAUUGUGUGGCUUUGCAAAAGGACAGAUUACCAUGUGGGAUCUGGCUAGUGGGAAACUUUUAAGAUCGAUAACAGAUGCUCAUCCUCCAGGAACAGCAAUUUUACAUAUCAAGUUUACAGAUGACCCAACACUUGCAAUUUGCAACGACAGUGGAGGCUCCGUGUUUGAGCUGUCAUUUAAGAGAGUUAUGGGUGUGAGAACAUGUGAGUCUCGAUGUCUGUUCAGUGGUUCCAAGGGAGAAGUUUGCUGUAUUGAGCCCUUGCAUGCAAAGACUGAAUUGAGAGAUCAUCCUAUCACCCAGUACUCACUACUAGCAAUGGCUUCCCUAACUAAGAUUCUCGUCAUUGGCUUGAAACCAUCUUUGAAGGUGUGGAUGACUUUUCCCUAUGGUCGUAUGGAUCCCUCUAGUGUCCCGCUGUUGGCAUGGCAUUUUGUUGCAGUACAGAACUCUGUGAAUCCCAUGCUUGCCUUCUGUCGAGGAGAUGUUGUUCAUUUUCUUUUGGUGAAGAGAGAUGACUCAGGUGCAAUACAUGUUACUAAGCAAAAGCAACUUCAUCUGCACUAUGACGUCAUCAAUUUUACUUGGAUAAACUCACGCACAGUAGUGCUUCUGGACAGUGUGGAGAAGCUGCACGUGAUAGAUCGCCAGACUCAAGAGGAGCUGGAAACUAUAGAGAUUUCGGAGGUGCAGCUAGUAUAUAACAGCAGUCACUUCAAAUCACUGGCCACAGGAGGCAAUGUCAGUCAAGCAUUGGCCCUGGUUGGGGAGAAAGCCUGUUACCAAUCCAUCAGCAGCUGUGGUGGUCAAAUCUUCUAUCUUGGCACAAAGUCUGUUCAUGUGAUGAUGAUAAGGAGCUGGAGAGAGAGAGUGGAUCACCUUCUGAAACAAGAUUGUCUUACUGAGGCCCUGGCUCUAGCAUGGUCUUUUCAUGAAGGUAAAGCAAAGGCUGUAGUAGGAUUGUCUGGGGAUGUCAGUAAGCGAAAGGCUGUCAUUGCAGACCGAAUGGUUGAAAUCCUCUUCCAUUAUGCUGAUCGAACUUUGAAGAAAUGUCCUGACCAGGGAAAAAUCCAAGUUAUGGAGCAACACUUUCAGGAUAUGGUGCCUGUCAUAGUCGAUUACUGCCUUUUACUUCAGCGAACUGACCUUCUGUUCAGCCAGAUAUAUGACAAAUUGAGUGAGAACUCAGUGGCAAAGGGUGUUUUUCUGGAGUGUCUGGAGCCUUACAUUUUAAGUGAUAAGUUGAUGGGAAUGACAGCUCAAGUGAUGAAAGACUUGCUGCUUCACUACCAAGAUAAGAACCUAAUGGAGGACAUGGAGGCCUGCAUUGUGCAUAUGGAUAUCACCAGCCUAGACAUACAGCAGGUAGUUCAUCUGUGCUGGGAAAAUCAUCUGUAUGAUGCCAUGAUCUAUGUGUACAACAGUGGAAUGAAUGACUUCGUUAGUCCGAUGGAGAAAUUGUUCAAAGUCAUUGCUCCUCCACUUAAUGCUGGGAGGUCCCUCACAGAUGAGAAGGUGGUUAUGGGGAACAAGCUCCUUGUGUACAUAAGUUGCUGUUUAGCAGGCCGUGCUUAUCCAUUGGGUGAUAUUCCUGAAGAUCUGGUACCCUUGGUUAAAAACCAGGUGUUUGAAUUUCUUAUCCGUCUCCACUCGGCUGAAGCAUCUGCAGAUGAAGAAGUCUACCCGUAUGUUCGUACGCUUCUUCACUUUGAUACCAGAGAGUUCCUUAACGUUCUUGCGCUGACUUUUGAAGACUUUAAGAAUGACAAGCAAGCAGUGGAGUAUCAACAAAGAAUUGUGGACAUCCUGCUAAAGGUUAUGGUGGAAAAUUCUGAUUUCACCCCAUCACAAGUUGGCUGUCUCUUUACCUUUCUUGCCCGGCAGCUGGCUAAGCCCAACAAUACACUGUUUGUAAACAGGACCCUUUUUGACCAGGUCCUUGAAUUUCUGUGCAGCCCUGAUGACGAUUCCCGACACUCAGAGCGACAGCAGGUCCUUUUAGAACUACUGCAAGCUGGAGGGAUAGUACAGUUUGAAGAGAAUCGUCUCAUCCCUAUGGCAGAAAAAGCUGAAUUCUACCAAAUUUGUGAGUUUAUGUAUGAACGGGAGCAUCUCUAUGACAAAAUCAUUGAUUGUUACUUGCGUGAUCCAGUGAGAAAGGAAGAAGUGUUCAACUACAUCCACAAUAUCCUAUCCAUUCCUGGGUACAGUGCCGAGGAGAAGCAGUCAGUGUGGCAGAAGGCUAUGAAACAUAUUGAGGAGCUGCUAUUUCUGAGCCCGAAUAAAGCAGCAGACCUGAUAGCCACUCACUUCAAUGACCAGAUUGAGGGAAUCAUUAAAAAUCUUCAGGACCAAUUCUUGCUUUUCCAGUUUUUGAGAAGUCUCCUUGACCCAAGGGAAGGUAUCAAUCAGGACAUGCUACAGAUAUCUCCCUGUGUCACUGAACAGUUCAUUGAGUUGUUGUGUCACUACAGUCCUGACCAGGUUUUAGAGACACUGCAGGUUCUGGAGUUCUACAGACUGGAAGAGACCAUUCAGAUUACCCAGAAACACCUGCUCUGUGAAGCUUCCUCCUACCUGCUGGAGAAGAAAGGAGAUGUUCAUGGUGCCUUCCUAGUAAUGCUUGAGCAACUACAAAGCAAGUUGUUGAUGCUUACACAUGAAAUUGAAGAAUCAACAGGACUCGACUUAUUAAAGGAUAUUGAAGAUACCUUAGUGAAAACAAUUGCACUUUGCCAGAGGAAUUCACAUAGUUUAAACCAGCAGCAGCGAGAGGCACUCUGGUUUCCUCUCCUGGAGGCUGUGAUGUCGCCACAGAAGCUAUCCAGUUCAACAGUGUUGUGUCAGUAUUCUGAACCUCUGAAGAGUUUGACAAUGCAAGUGCUAAACAACAUGGCUGCGUUUAUUGCCCUUCCCUCAAUCUUGCAGAGAAUUCUCCAGGAUCCAGUUUAUGGUAGAGGGAAACUUGGAGAAAUUCAGGGACUUGUACUGGGGAUGCUGGACACAUUUAACUAUGAGCAAACCCUUCUAGAGACAACUACUAACCUCCUGAACCAUGAUCUCCACUGGUCCUUGUGUAACUUGAGAGCCUCCAUCACUAGAGGGCUUAACCCAAAGCAGGAUUACUGCUGUAUCUGUCUGCAGCAAUAUAAGAGAAGGCAGGAGAUGGCUGAUGAAAUCAUUGUGUUCAGUUGUGGCCAUUUGUACCACUCACUCUGUCUGCUGAGUAAAGAGUGUGGCAUAGAAACCAAGGGACAGAUGAGAUGGACUUGCUAUAAAUGCAACUCGAGUAACAAAGGGGGAAAACUGAGUGAGAAUUUCUCAGAGUUGAAAAAGGGAAAUGGUGCAUCUCUGGCACAGUCAAGUUCAGAGUCCUUGUUGGAUUCCCAGCAAAUCCAGGCUUUUGACCAACUCUGUCGACUCUAUCGAGGAACCUCCAGGUUAGCUCUCCUGACAGAAUUGUCUCGAACUCAUGGUGGUGAAAAACAUGGGCUCCUCAAUGUCUCUCAGGGUGACCCUGCACUGAACAGUGUCUUCCAGAACAAGAAUUUCCAGUUGCAUCUCGCUCCCCCUCCACUGACAGAAGAGUAGUCCUCCCCGUGCCAGACAGUGCAGUCCUUCCAUGGUUGCAUAAGAACAUUCUGGGGAGGCUCCUACCAUCGAUCCCAGAGACUGAGUUUGUUGGCUAUGGGCCCUGCCCUACUAGGCUGAAUUUGCUGCCCAUUGCCAUCGUAUCCUUCCCAGAAUCCUUUGUGACAUGUCACUUUGUGUCAGAGAGUUCUGCUGGGUUUGUAACCAGGUGGAAUCUGUAGUAGUUUCUGUUGGCUUAUUUUCCUCUGAUUCUUCUAACAAAACAGAAGGAACAUCACAGAGACCACUGUCAGAGUUCUUGUCCAGUGGCAUGCACUGAAAGCUAUAAACUAUGCUGUCAACUCUGUGUACUUCACUCGAGCCAAACACAGGAAGUUGAGGCAGCUGUACUAACCCUGGGGCGACUGUGUCUGCAGCCAUAGCUUAUCCAAAUAAUUGGAACCUAUAAUACGUUCAUUUUUAUUCCUUAGGUAGAUUGACCAAGGGAAUACAGAACAUCACAUAUCCAAACUCAGCAUUUCUCAAAAUGCCUCCUCAACAUUAUAAGGGAAAUAGCUAAUUUAUUUGAGUUUAAAUUUAGUAUCAGUAAAAAUUAUCUUUUAGACUAAUCCCUAACCCCCUCAGGAUCUCCUGGAUUAUAAGCAAAGUGGGUGGUAUGACUGCAUGAAACACACUCAGCCCUUGAAAGGAGCUGAAACUGCAGAAGAGCGUAUAUUUGUGAGUAAACGAACUUAUGUACAAUGCUUCUGUGAAACUACAUUCUCUAAUAAAAAUGCCAUGCCUUUAAA